CAGAUCGUAGCCCCCUCAACUAUGUCUACGAUGCUGGGUCAGUAUCUUCGCCAGUUUGGUCAGAAGCUGGUCCGCAGGAAGCCACAGUUCAGGGAGGAACCUGAGAGUUCUGAGACCCGUCCUCCAAACACCCUGGACCUGGUGGUGAUAGGUUUGGACAACAUGUUGGGAGCUGGCAUAUACAUCCUGAUUGGGGGAGUGGCCAAAUACGUAGCUGGACCAGCAAUCAUCCUUUCCUUACUGGUGGCCGGCCUGACUACUGUGUUGUCUGGGCUCUGCUAUGUCGAGUUGGCAGCCAGAGUAGAAACACCUGUUUCUGGGUAUUUCGUCAUCUAUGUCACAAUGGGACAACUGUACGCCUUCAUCAGUGGCUGGAACCUCUUACUGUAUUUAAUUACUGCCACUGCCUGUAUAGCCCGGGCCUGGAGCUCCACCUUUGACAGCCUGAUUGGGAACCACAUCUCUGAGGCAUUAGGGGGAACUUUCUCUCUGCAAAUGCCCUCCUUCCUGGCCUCGUUUCCAGACUUUCUUGCCCUGGGCCUGGUGCUGCUGCUCACAGGACUCCUGGCUCUGAGAAUUUAUGAGUCAACCGUGAUUAACAAAGUGUUCACAGGCUUGAACAUUUUGGUUCUCAGCUUCAUCAUCGUCUCUGGCUUCAUUAAGGGAGACCUGCACAACUGGAAGCUCACAGAACAGGACUACCAAUUGGCUGCAGCUGGAUCUGGUGAUGCCUACAGCUUGGGCCUUCUGGGUUCUGGAGGGUUUGUGCCUUUUGCUUUUGAUGGAAUUCUCCAGGGAGCAGCUACAUGUUUCUACGCAUUUGUUGGUUUUGCUCACAUUGUCAGUGCAGGGAGCAAAGCCAGCCGUCCUCAGUGGUCCAUCCCCUUGGCUGUCGUCAUCUCCUUCUUCAUCUGCUUUUUGGUGUGCUUUGGUGUCUCGGCGGCCCUCACCCUCAUGGUGCCCUACUACCUGAUUCAGCUCGAGAGCCCCUUGCCGCAGGCUUUCAUCUAUGUUGGGUGGGAGCCUGCCAAAUAGUUCGUGGCUGUUGGCACCCUCUGCAUUCUUUUAUACAGCCUUCUGAGUAUCAUGUUUAUCAUGGCUCAGUUGACCUAUGCAAUGGCAGAGGAUGGGCUCCUUUUCCGGGGACUUGCCUGGAUCCCUGCCCCCACCGAUGCCCGCACCAAUGCCCGCACCGAUGCCCGCAUCAUUGUCCGCACCGUUGCCCCCACAGGAAACCCCAUUAUGGCUGUCUUGGUUCCUGGAACUCUUGCAGCGGUCAUGGCGUUACUCUUCGACUUCACUGACCUGGUGGACCUCAUGUCACUUCGGUCCCUGCUCGCUUACUCCCUGGUGACAUUUUCUGUCCUUGUCCUCAGGUAUCAACCAGCCCAGAACAGAAGCAAGGGGAAAACAGAGGAGGAAACUGAGACAAACCCUGAAGCUGAAGGAGGUCCUUUGGAAUCUGAACCUGAAGCAGGAAUCUCAGGCAUUCCAAAGAGUCUGUGGUUCCCUCCCAGCACCACCCCCACCUGGAAAUCUGGCCGGAUUGUCUAUGGAUGUGCCUCCCUGCUUGUUCUUCUGCUGAUAAUCCUGAGCCUGAUCCUGUACUGGUGGUCCAGCCAGGUGUUCUUUGGAGACCCCGUGCUCACAACAGUGGCUGUGCUGCUGCUGCCGCUCAUCACUGGGGUCACGGUCAUCAUCUGGAGGCAGCCUCAGAGCCCUUCUCCUCUUAAACCUACAUUCAGGGUCCCUGCUCUGCCUGCCGUCUUCCUGGUGAGCACCUUAGUGAAUGCUUACUUGAUGAUACAGAUGACCCCUCAGACCUGGGCUCAAUUUGGCAUCUGGAUGGCAAUUGGAUUUGCCAUAUACUUUGGAUAUGGGAUCCGACACAGCCUGGAGGACAAUGAUCAACAGCCAGCAGCCUCCACUUCUCAGACUUAA